AUGGAUGAGUUACAGAACGCUCCUGGUCGAAUAUCUUUUACCAUGGAUAAUUGGAGAAGUGAACAUACUGAUGAUGAAUAUAUGUGCAUAACAGCUCAUUGGGUUGAUGUUAAUUGGAAAUUACAAAAGAGAAUUAUUAAGUUUGGUGCUUUAACACCUCCGUUUGAUGGAGUUUUUCUUGCAGAUGAGAUUGCAUUGUGCUUGGGUCAAUGGAAAAUUGAUCACAAGGUAAUUAGUUUUACAGUAGACAAUGCAUCUUACAAUGAUUGUAUGAUUACUUCUCUAAAGGAUCAUCUUCUAAGGAAAAAUUAUUUAUUUUAUGGUGGGGAGUUCUUUCACUUACGAUGUGCUUGUCAUAUUAUAAAUCUUGUCGUGCAAGCUGGAUUAAAGGGCAUUGAUGAUGUUAUUAUCAAGAUUAAAAGUAUAGUGAAACACUUUAAGCAUUCAAUCCCAAAGAAGAAAAAGUUUUAUAAUGUUGCUGAAACAAGUUUUGGUAUAAAAACAAACAAGAAGUUGCGUGGAGAUAAUUGCAUUAGAUGGAACUCUACUUUCUUAAUGCUUGACCGCUUCAUUUUCUUUAAAGAUGUUAUUGAUCAUGUGGUUAGCCGAGAUAAGGAUCUUAAAGUAUUUUCUCUCACAUCGGAAGAGUGGGUUAGAGUUUGUGAAUUGCAUGCAUUCUUGAAGCUUUUUUAUGAUGUUACAAAUACAUUUUGGGCUUCAAAACAUCCCACUUCAAAUCUUUAUUUCGAUGGUGUAUGGAGGAUCCAUAAAAAGUUGAUAGAUGUUGCAAACGGACCCUUGAGUAGCUUGUCUUCUAUGGUCAAACCAAUGAAAGAGAAAUUUGAAAAAUAUUGGUCUGAUUAUAGUCUUGUUCUUUCAUGUGCUGCUGUAUUAGACCCUCGGUUCAAGCUAGAAAGAGUUGAAUAUUGCUAUGAAAAGUUGUUUGGAGAAGUAUAUGCUAAUAGAAUGGUUGAGCGUGUUAAGAAUACUUUGUUUGAUUUGUUUGAUGAGUACAAAGAUGUUCACACUUCUAGUUCUCCUAAUCUGGCCACUAGUAGUGGUACCCCUACUGUUGCUAGUGUUGUUGGGAAUAAUGGGGAACAAAUGGAUGAAAUACUUGAUUAUAAGGUAUUCUUGAGUAAGAAAAGGAAAUCAGACACUAUGAAGAGUGAACUGGAGCUUUAUUUGGAGGAAAAGAAUCCUGAUGUGACAAAUAAAUGUGAUGUGUUGUCAUAUUGGAACAAAAGCGUUGUCCGUUAUCCGAAUCUUGCAUGUCUGGCUCGUGACUUAUUGACUAUUCCCAUCUCCACGGUUCCUUCAGAAUCUUCUUUUAGUAUGGGAAAGAAGUUGAUAAAUCCUUGGAGAGCCUCACUUGGGCAAAAGACAAUUGAAGCUCUUGCAUGUUAUGAAGAUUGA